CAAUAAUAAACAAAAUCAAAAUGAAAUUCCUAGUAGUUUUCGCCAUCUGCCUCGUUGCGGCUCAGGCCCUCACAGACGAGCAGAAGGAGAAGCUGAAGAAGCACAAGACCGAGUGCCUCGCCGAGACCAAGCCCGAGGUGGAGCACGUCGACAAACUGAAGAACGGAGACUACACGACUGAGAACGAGGCGUUGAAGAAGUACGCGCACUGCAUGAUGAUCAAGUCGGAGCUGAUGACCAAGGACGGCAAGUUCAGGAAGGAUGUUGCCCUCGCUAAGGUCCCCAACCCUGCUGACAAGCCCAUGGUUGAGAAGCUGAUCGACACCUGCCUGGCCAACAAGGGAGACACUCCCCAGCAGACCGCCUGGAACUACGUCAAGUGCUACCACGAGAAGGACCCCAAACACGCCAUCUUCCUGUAAAUGCCAAAUACUACCAACAUUCCAACAACAUCCACCAACAUCUGAAUUGAUUUGACCAACGUUUGAUCCAAUGUUAUCGCGUUUUGGAACUCCAUGUUUGAUUGCUACGGAUCAGGGGUUGAAUUUUGAUAGUAGUUUUGUUUUGUUACUCGUCUAAGGAUGGUUUCAAAGAUUGCGACUGUUUAAUAGCUGUUGUUUUUGUACGAAUUGCCAUUUGAUUUAUACUUAAAUUGAACAGUAAUACUGCCGUUUCAAUAAAUAGCUAUAAAUCC